AGAAUGCUGUUAGGGAUGUUUCUUCUCAUGAAUUAGAGUGACACAGGUAAUGCAGAGUGACGCAGAUAAGGAACGUGCGCACAUAUAAAAAUUAUCUUACAGUUUCUGGGGGCUCGACUUGGGGAUAUCUAAAGGUAUCUCAAGGACUCCUGGAGAUUCAGCUGGAAGUUCUCAGUCGAUUAACAGAAAAAUCAGGAUCAACCCAGGUGCAGGAGGAGAAGUUUCUCAUGAUGAAGUUUCUAAUCUCACCGUGUGUGUCUCUGCUGCUGCUGAUUAAUGGUGGAAUAAUCGAUGGACAAAUACCAGCUGUCAGGUUGGUGAAUGGACCCAACGUCUGUUCUGGAAGAGUGGAGGUUUUCCACAAUGGAAUAUGGGGAACAGUGUGUGAUGAUUCCUGGGAUUCUACAGACGCGGCAGUGGUGUGUAGAGAACUGGGCUGUGGGAGUGUUAUAGAGGCAAAGAGUUCAGCUUAUUUUGGACAAGGUUCUGGACAAAUAUGGUUGGAUGAUGUCCACUGCCGUGGGAAUGAACCUACACUGAAAGGCUGUUCAUCAAAUGUAUGGGGAUCACAUAACUGUGGACACAGUGAAGAUGCUGGAGUCAUCUGCCAAGGCCAUCUACCAUCUAGUGCAGAACCACAGACAGCAACAGCGACACUGAGCACGACUGCUUCACCGCCAGGCCAUCUACCAUCUAGUGCAGAACCACAGACAGUGACAGCGACAUUGAACACAUCUGCCUCACUGCCAGGAGUCAGAGGUAAUGAUACUGAGGAGGAUGAAACUGGUUCCAUGAGAAAAGCUGUCAGGUUGGUGAAUGGACCCAACGUCUGUUCUGGAAGAGUGGAGGUUUUCCACAAUGGAAAAUGGGGAACAGUGUGUGAUGAUUCCUGGGAUUCUACAGACGCGGCAGUGGUGUGUAGAGAACUGGGCUGUGGGAGUGUUAUAGAGGCAAAGAGUUCAGCUUAUUUUGGACAAGGUUCUGGACAAAUAUGGUUGGAUGAUGUCCACUGCCGUGGGAAUGAAUCUACACUGAAAGGCUGUUCAUCAAAUGUAUGGGGAAAACAUAACUGUGGACAUGGUGAAGAUGCUGGAGUCAUCUGCCAAGGCCAUCUACCAUCUAGUGCAGAACCACAGACAGCAACAGCGACACUGAGCACGACUGCUUCACCGCCAGGCCAUCUACCAUCUAGUGCAGAACCACAGACAGUGACAGCGACAUUGAACACAUCUGCCUCACUGCCAGGAGUCAGAGGUAAUGAUACUGAGGAGGAUGAAACUGGUUCCAUGAGAAAAGCUGUCAGGUUGGUGAAUGGACCCAACGUCUGUUCUGGAAGAGUGGAGGUUUUCCACAAUGGAAAAUGGGGAACAGUGUGUGAUGAUUCCUGGGAUUCUACAGACGCGGCAGUGGUGUGUAGAGAACUGGGCUGUGGGAGUGUUAUAGAGGCAAAGAGUUCAGCUUAUUUUGGACAAGGUUCUGGACAAAUAUGGUUGGAUGAUGUCCACUGCCGUGGGAAUGAAUCUACACUGAAAGGCUGUUCAUCAAAUGUAUGGGGAAAACAUAACUGUGGACAUGGUGAAGAUGCUGGAGUCAUCUGCCAAGUAGGCCAUCUACCAUCUAGUGCAGAACCACAGAGAGCAACAGCGACACUGAGCACGACUGCUUCACCGCCAGGCCAUCUACCAUCUAGUGCAGAACCACAGACAGUGACAGCGACAUUGAACACAUCUGCCUCACUGCCAGGAGUCAGAGGUAAUGAUACUGAGGAGGAUGAAACUGGUUCCAUGAGAAAAGCUGUCAGGUUGGUGAAUGGACCUAGAAUGUGUUCUGGAAGAGUGGAGGUUUUUCAUAAUGGAACAUGGGGAACAGUGUGUGAUGAUUCCUGGGAUUCUACAGACGCGGAAGUGGUGUGUAGAGAAAUGGGCUGUGGGAGUGUUAUAGAGGCAAAGAGUUCAGCUUAUUUUGGACAAGGUUCUGGACAAAUAUGGUUGGAUGAGGUCCGGUGCCGUGGGAAUGAAACUACACUGAUAAACUGUUCAUCAAAUGUAUGGGGAAAACAUAACUGUGGACACGGUGAAGAUGCUGGAGUCAUCUGCCAAGUUGUCAGAUUGGUGAAUGGAUCCAAAGCCUGUUCUGGAAGAGUGGAGGUUCUCCACAAUGGAAUAUGGGGAACAGUGUGUGAUCAUCUGUGGGAUUCUACAGACGCAGCAGUGGUGUGUAGAGAAAUGGGCUGUGGGAGUGUUAUAGAGGCAAAAAGUGCUGCUUAUUUUGGACAAGGUUCUGGACAAAUAUGGUUGGAUGAUGUCCAGUGCCAUGGGAAUGAAUCUUCAGUGAAAAACUGUUCAUCAAGUGGAUGGGGAUCACAUAACUGUGGGCACAAUGAAGAUGCUGGAGUCAUCUGCCAAGUUGUCAGGUUGGUGAAUGGACCCGACCUGUGUUCUGGAGGAGUGGAGGUUCUCCAUAAUGGAAUAUGGGGAACAGUGUGUGAUGAUUCCUGGGAUUCUACAGACGCGGCAGUGGUGUGUAGAGAACUGGGCUGUGGGAGUGUUAUAGAGGCAAAGGGUUCUUCUUAUUUUGGACAAGGUUCUGGAAAAAUAUGGUUGGAUGAGGUCCGGUGCCAUGGGAAUGAAUCUUCACUGAAAAACUGUUCAUCAAGUGGAUGGGGAAUACAUGACUGUGGACACAAAGAAGAUGCUGGAGUCAUCUGCCAAGGCAAGGUACAAACUAGUGCAGCACCACAGACAGCAACAGCGACAUUGAGCACAUCUGCCUCACUGCCAGGAGUCAGAGGUAAUGAUGCUGAGGAGGAUGAAACUGGAUCCAUGAGAAAGAGGAACAAGAUGCUGCAUCCCCACAUCUUCAGACAAAGAAAUGUGAGUGACCUCUGUUCUGAGCUCAACUGCACUGAGGAUGAAUUGUGUGGAGAGAAAAAUGGUGUUUACGGCUGUUUCUGUAACGAGGGCCAUCGAAGACCCGACCCAGACUCUUUUGAUUUAUCUGAGGUUUGUGAAAGCAGCUCUGGUUCCAUGUCUCUGUCUCGCUGUCUGCUCUUUGAGGCUGGUUUUCCUGCUGACAACUUACACCUCAAUGACCCCAGCUGCAAAGGAACAGUCCGGAAUGGCAGAGUGGAGUUCUAUUUUGACAACAAUGACCACAUCUGUGGUACAAAUCUUGUGGACAAUGGCACUCACUUCAUCUAUGAGAACUUUAUUUUUGGAGCUCAGGACUUGACCAAUGGUCCCAUCAGCAGGAAGAGAAUUCUGAAGCUGAAUUUCAGCUGUAUAUACCCCCAAACUGAAACACUUUCUUCAAAUAUGGAAAUCAAUCCACUGGGGAGCAUUGUCUACAAGAAGCUUCCUGCUGGUCAAGGGAGAUAUCAGGUCAGGAUGGUUCUGUAUCAGGAUGCUGAGUUCUCCCAGCCCUUCAGUGGAAGUAUGAAUGUGGAGGUGAACCAGCAGAUGUUCGUGGAAGUUCGUGUUGAGGGGGUUGACAGCCGUCAGUUUGCCACAGUGAUUGACAAAUUUUGGGCGACACCUGCGAAUGAGCCUCAUCAAUCUAUCCACUGGGACCUCAUCAGCAGAGAGUGUCCCAAUCCAAAUGACGACACAGUUGAGCUGCUGCAGAAUGGAGUCUCCACAUCCAGCCGUUUUUCCUUCAGGAUGUUUGUCUUCACUGCAAACUCCACUAAGGUUUACCUGCACUGUACUGUUCACCUUUGCCUUCUGAGAAGAAAUCACUGCUCAACUCACUGUGACUCUGAACCUCACUGGAGAGAGCGCAGGUCUGUGGAAUUCCAUGACAGUGCUUCCAUCUCCAUGGGUCCCCUGAUGUUGUCUUAAAGGAACCAAGGAUUUUUUAAGUCUCAUCUAAUUCAGUUGUGUGAUGUAUUGUUUAUGCGUAUUUUAAAAAUCUAUUACAUAUCUGCAUGGCUCCAAGUCUGUGUAGUUCUCUUAUUAUAUAACUUGUUUCUCUGCUGAGAGUCCUGACUUUCUUCUGGAUUAAAAAAUGGUCACUACACAUUUAGUCACAUUAUUGCUAGCUUUCUGAAGAAAUUUCUUUAUUUCAUAUCUCUUAUGUGAUUUUGGGUCUAACUUCUUGUACUAACUUGUUUAUUAAUUGUUGUUGAUUGAGGAAUAGGAUAACCAAAUCAAACCAGUUACUCUAAUGGAAUAGUUACCAAAUAAAAGCAUGCAAACAAUGAA